AUGGGUUCAAAAAUUGUCUAAUAUACAAAUACUGGAAAAUGUAUUGAACCUACAGCUGAUAAAAAUUGCGACAUCUGUGACGUAGGCUAUGAUGAGUUUCUCUCUGCUGGAGUAUUAACUUGUGCUGACUGCCAACAAUCAAAUGGAUUAUACCCUGACCCUUUGAGAUGCACAAUGAGCUCAAUUAGCACAGUCUCUGUAUUCAAGGCUUGUAAAGAUGGAUAUUAUAAUAAUUCAACAAUGACUUGUGUUACUAAAUGUCCAAGAGGUUAAUAUGGUCUCGCUCUAUAUAAUAGAAGAGGUACUUUAGAAUCAUCAUAUUGUGUUGCAUGCAGUACUUCAUGCUACGAAUGCGCUUCAAAUGGGGAUUGUAAAUCUUGCAAACUUAUGUCUUAUCUAUCUACUUAAGGGUUUAGAGAUAGAACUUAUGGUGUGUGCCUUUCAAAAAGCGGGCAAACAACAUUUGGAACUAUAUAUGUAAACCAUAUGAAUAGUUAGAAUCUUAACGAUGUAAACACAAUCGAUGGAUCUUACACAAAUGCAUACAAUUCUUUACAAGAUGCUAUCACAAGGGCCAAUGAAUUAGGCGCCCCCUAUUACAAUGCAAAUAUCAACAUAAUUUUAAAAGUAGGAGGCCCACACGCAAUGCUUCCUACCGACAAACCUUAAUAUAUGCCAGUAUAUUAUGACUAGUAUUCACAAGCUGGGAAUAUCAAUAUAUACACAGAAGAUGAAUCAAUUGUUAAAGUGAACUAUAAAUUAGGAGAUAAAUGGAAAUUCAUUAUUGGAAAAAAUUUUAGAAUAAGCAAUAUACAUUUUGACGCUAUUGAUUCCAUUCUCAGUCCAGAAAAUGAUGCUAAUAGGUGUCUUAUGCAAGGUAGCACUUCAUGCUGUAUGACUGACUAUUCUGCUAAAGAAAUUGUUCCAAAAUCUUAAUGCAUAAUGAAAGAAAAACCUCAAUUCAUAAACUUCAAUACUUGUGGAGCAAUCAUUAGAAACAAGAAAGUUUACUUCAAUAGAACUGACAUCAUACCAAACUCAUUCGAAAAUGCCUACAAAUUAAGAUCUAAUAACUUGCAAUAUCAGGUAUUCUAAAAAUAAGAAUAAGAAAUAGCUUCAAUAUCAUAUCCUGGUUCAAAUUUUUGUAGUCCUAAUAACUUAGACUCUACUCCGUGCUAUGGAUUAAUUAUUCAAGGUUCUAGCUUUAGAUAUUUUGGAUUCUUAAAAGAAAAAAGAACUUCACCUUUAUGGGUUGAUCCUAAAUUGAAGAUGCAAUUUAAUGGAAUGAUAGUAGAUCUAGAAGAUUUCAAAGGCCACAUUUAAAUUCUUAAUAAUACCUUUGAGGAGAAUCAUGUCAAAUACUAGACAUGCGAUGUUGGAAAAUAAAUUAAAUCAAUGAAUAAAUCUCUAUUUGUUGACUAAUAUCCUUCUUUAGGAAUCAAAUCAGUCAUUUAACUCAAAUCUCUAAUUUCUAUUGUGGAAUUCGACUAUCGUUUGGAUAUAGUAGAAAACACAUUUAUCCUUGGAAAAAACGCAUUUUAUUAAAAUUUUGGGUAUUAUGACACAAAUGUUGUUUACAUAAGAGCUAGAGGAGUCUCAAAUUCAGACAUUUAUACUACACUUCCAGACAACAAUAAUAUUUUUUGUGGAGGUUAUUUAAUAGAAAGCAAUACCUUUGAGCAAAACAAUGGAUGUGUCUUUCACAGCGGAGGGACAUUAACACUGUAAUGUGUUAAUGACCUUGCUACUUAAUCCACUAUUAAUGACUAAUAUUCAAUUGGUAGCAUUGCAUCAAUGAAAUCUCGAUACUUAGGUAGUUUUACAGUAGCAACUAAAGUUUCUCCAUUUAACUAUAACUCUUAUAGCUAUACAGUCUACAUGAAUCAGUUAACAUUUUAAUCAAACACUAUAACUGCUAGUACAUUCACAGGAGGAAAAGCACUAGUUGACAUAACUUCUUUUCCUAGAAUCGUCUUAAAUAGUGAAACCUAUUAAAAAUCAGGUGAUGCUUCUUAAGAAUUUAAUAUUUAUAUAAGUAAUACAGAAUACAGUUCUGCUAGUAUAGAACCAAUGGUGCCAGAAAUUAUGAAGUAUAGCAAUCUUUAUCCCAGUACCACAUUAGGGCUGGCUGUACUCAAGAUGAGUAAAGUUAAUUACUUGAGUAUGAAAAAGGUAUCAUUUAUAGAAAUAUGGCUGGUUGAAUCAACAAAUUAUGAUAAUAAUAGAGCAUAAGCAAUCCAUUUAAGUGAAUUUUAUGGCUAAUUUUACUUUGAUAGCAAUACUUUCUCAAAUAUCAUAGGACCAUUCACAACUUUUUUUACUGAUGAAAUUUAAGGAAAUGUGUUGUCUGGUGAUGAUAGAAUAAAAGGGUUUUCAAACCCAUUAAUAAGAAUUGACCCAAAUGACCAAGCACUACUCUAUUUUACUUCUUCAUUUUUUGUCUACUGGAGCAAUAUCUAUUACUAUCUACAUUCGUAAAAUAUCAAUCAGGCUCAAAAUAUUAUUCCUAAUUUUUCAAAUACAAAUGGUAUUUAUGCGAAGUAAGCUAGUAUAAAUAAUAUUGUGUUAUCUGACAUUAUAUGCAUGUAUUGUUAAAAACCCAUUUUUGAAGUAGAAGCAGAAAACUUAGAAUUGAUAAAUGUUAGUCUAUAUAAUUUUUACGCAGGAUCAAGUGUAAUGGGCAUUAAUGGUAUUGGUAAUAUAUUUAAAAUUUAUAUAAGGAAACCAUAUCGAACAUCACUCGGUGAAGUUGUCAUUUAAAAUCUUACUAUUAAAACCAUAUUUUCAAAAACUCAAUCCUUCGGGUGGAAUGGUAGAAUUUUUGAUAUUGUGUAUAGAAAAUCUGAUAAUGAACUUGAGCCUAAUAGUACUUAAAUCUAAAUUUCAGAUUUGAAUAUCAUAGAUAUUUAUUCAUAGGGCGAUGGGCCUGUUUUUAAAUUUGAUGUUAAUACAAUAAAAGUUUCUAUAACAAAUAUGUAUUGCGUCAACAAUAUAGCUGGUGCUAGUUAAUAUUAUUAUAAUGGCAUGGGGGGAUCAAUUUGGAUAGCAUCUGCUGGAUCGAUGAUAAUUGAUUAAUUAGAAGCAAUAGAUGUUUUUGCAUUCUAAUAUGGUUAGUAAAGAGGAGGUGGAGGACGGUUCUUAUACUCGUCCCAUUCAUAAGAUAAUUUUGUUUUCAAUCUUACUAAUUCUUCUAUUACUUGCCAUCAAUAUUACUACUUAGAAUCUUCAGUUUAUUAAAAUAUUUUGGAUAAUUAUUUUGAUUAAGGUUCAGCAAUUUUUAUUAAUGGAACUGGUAAAUAGAGCAAUAUAAAUGUUAUAAAUUCUUAAUUUUCAGGAUGUGCAAGUGCAUAAUAUGGAGCUGGUCUUAGAAUCUAAGGUUCUGGAAUCACUAACUUCACUCUUUAUAACACAUCAUUUGUAAAUUAGAAUUCCUUACUAGGUGGAUCAAUAUAUUGCUCAAAAUGCCGUAUCAUUUAGAUGAGUUAAAAUAAGUUCGAUAAAGGAAAUGCAAAUUAGGCUUUAGAUGUUUAUUUACUUGAGCCACUGUCUCCAAUACUUAUUGACUAAAACUAAUUCAAUGGAAAUACUGACUCCAGAGUAAAUCUUAAUAAACCAGGUGCAGCUAUAGCCAUACUUGACUCAAUAUAUGAUUAAAGUGAGGUUCUUGAAAUAUACUUAACUUCAAAAAAUGAUUUCAUAGAUUACUAAACUUUUACUAACUAUAAAACUAGCUCUGGUUCAGCAUUAAGUGUUAAAUCAAACAGAAAAGUAUCAAUUUAUAUUGACAAAACAUAGUUUUCAAAUAUGUACUCCUCAUCAAGUAGCGGCUUAAUAAAUUUAGAACUUAGCCAACCUUAAGAAAUUAAAUUAAAUUUUACAAACUCAAACAUUAGUGUGGUAAAUUGUAAAGGUGGUGCUAUUUUAUAAAUUCCUAGCAAUCAUUUGAAAUCAACAAUUUUAGUGGAGAAUAGUAUUAUUAGUUAAAUAACAAUGGACUAAGGAUAUGGUGGGCUUUUCAACCUUGAAUCAACAUAGUAAAACGUAAUUGAGAUCUCGAAUACGUAAAUUACAUCCGUAUCAUAUCCUAUCUAUGGAGGUAUUGCAAAUAUGAGAGGAAAGAAUAACACUUUAAUUAUAAGGAACAAUUCUCGCAUUAGCUAGAUUAAAUCAAAUGUCUUAGGAGGAAUUGUAUAUAUGGCUGGAGAUAAAGAUUAAAAGGUUUUAGUAUCUAAUUCCUAAAUUGAUGAUAUUCAAUCAUAUAUCUCUGGAUUUGGCUUCAUUCGAGGUUCAACCACCUACAUUGAUAUUAUUGAGAAUUCGAUAAUUAGCUUUUCAUAAAGUUAAUAUAGUGGAGGAUUAUUCAAUAUUUACACCAGCCUCGAUACCUUUCUUACCAUUAAAUAAUCAACAAUUACGUAUAUGCAAACUGCAAUUUCAGGAGCUCUAGCAGAUAUUUAAGGUUCUAACAUCUACAUUAGCUUCUAAACAGUAGAAUUGAGUAAUUUUUAUGCAUUGGAGGAUGGUGGUUGCUUAAACUUAAUAUCAUCUGGAAAUAUUAGCAUAAAUGCUGGUGGAACAUCUAAAUUUAUUAAUUUAACCUCAGCAAAAAAUGGUGGUUUUAUCUCUUCUUCCUCAAAAAAUAUCUAGGUUAGUAUAGAUGGGCUAUUUACAAACUCCACAUUUGCUAAAGAAAACGGUGGAUUUAUACAUUCGAAAUUUGAUUAGACUUAAAAUAUGUCUAUAAAGAACUCAAAGUUUAACCAAUUCAGAUCUUCACUUGAAGGUUAAUUUUCAUAUGCUUUUGGAAAUAAUUAAGAUUCGACUAUGACUCUCGAUAUUUAUGAUACAUUGUUUAAAAGUUCAAAUUAUGACAUAAAUUCUGACGCUUGGGCUUUUGUUGAUGACUAAAUUUCUAAAUAGUCAUAUAAUUCAUCGAAUGCAUUUUAUUUUUCUGAUUCCUUAUAAAGAGUAGAUAUUAAUUCCUUUAGGAAUACAUAUUAAGAUUUGUUUGUAUCAUAAUAUUCUUCUUAUUUUUACCUUGAUGAAAGAAUAUUUCUUAAAGACGAAAAGUCAAUAUUUGAGAGAAAUGCAGCAUUAUAUGGUUAAAUUUACUGCUUUUACUGCAACGCUUAUUUUUAUUAAACUUAAUUUAUUGACAACUAUGCUCUCAACGGAGGAGCACUUUAUCUUGUUGGUUAAUUUAAUGUGAAUCUACAAGAGAUUUAUAUGGACUAUAAUGUUGCUGCUUAAUAUGGUGGAGGUAUAUAUAUUGAGGGAUAUGAUGAAAAUAAACUUAAUAUUUCUGAUUGUAAUAUUAAAUAUUUAAGAGCUAAUAUAGAAGGAGGCUUUAUAUACUCAACUCAUGAUGACCUAAAUAUUAUUGUAAGGAACUGCUCUCUAUAAUCUAUAAGUUCAGAACUUAACGGAGGUGUUUUUUACAUCGAUAAAGGUAAAAAUCUUUAUCUUGAAGAUUUAAAAAUGAGAGAUCUAAUAAGUGGAUAAGGUGCAUUAUUAUACUCAAUUUAUCCUGGCUUUAAUCUUUCUAUUAUAAAUUCUGAGAUUAUUAUGCAAAAUAAUUAUGGAUAGAAUCCCUUCCUAUUCCAAGAAAAGAUAACUGAAUUGAAAGGAACUUUAGUGUAUUUAGAAAAUUCUAAUAUUGUGUAUUCUGAAAACAAUGUAUUCAAGGAAUGUGUUUCUUUCAAUGAAGGAGGAGCUUUUAGAUUGAAGAAUAUAAAUUAAUUCAUGGAUCACAAUUCAACUUUCGAUGGCAAUGUUGCUAUAUUUGGUGGUUCUUUUUCUUUACAAAACACAAUAGCCUAUUUCAAUAAAACUAAAUUCACUAGAAAUAGGGCAGUAGUAGGAGCUAUCUUCAAACUGUAUUAAAAUAGUCAUAUCAUAUUACACGACUUUUAUAGCUCUGAUUCUCAAGCCUAUGAAAAUGGUGGAUUUAUACAUGCAGAAGAUUUGACUUAGGAAGACAAUUUGAUCUAAAUUCAAAUUUAAGGAAAAGAAUCAAUAAUAGAAAAUUCAACCACAUUUUCUGGUCUAGGUGGAGUGUUCUAUCUCAAUGGAUAAAGCAUCUCAUUAAAAGUUACUGAUUCUUUAUAAUUGUCUCAAGAUCCAAAAUCAUUUGAUAUAUGUACUCUUAUUUACUCCCAAUAAUCAAGUGAAAUUAUCAUAUCAAACUUAACUUCUAUUGAAUCAAGAGGAUAUUAUUAUAAUGAACUAGAGAUAUAGGGAUCAAUUUUAACUUCUUUAUCUCAAUAUACGAAAUUAGAGGUAAAGAAUUCAAGAAUACUAUGUACUAAACUUCUAGAAAAUAAUCAUAAUAAAGGUCCAGCUUUCGUUAUCAUGGACAAUAUUCAAGGGUUUCAAGGUUACAAUAAUACUUUUGAGAAUUGUUCUGAUGGAUAAUAUGGUGGUGUAUUUCAUUUAAGGAAUACCAUUUUAAAUCUAACUGGGUAUUCAAAAUUUAUCAAUAACAAUGCAGAUUUCGGAGGUGUAAUUUAUAGCUAUUAUUCUAGCGUUAAUCUUCACAAUGCUAGUAUAAUUAAUUCAAGUGCUUCCAUAUCUGGUGGUGUUAUUUAUGCUUUUGGGAAAGCUCAAUUCAAUUUAACAGAUAUCAAUAUUACAUUAGCUUAUUCUAAGGGUGAUGGAGGAUUCAUUUACUCUAAAAAUACAAUUGAUAAUGAAGAAUCAUAUUUCAACUUUUCUGGGAGGAUAUCUAUAGAGCAUUUAUCAAGCGACUCAAAUGGAGGUGGAUUUUAUUUAGACAAUCCUUAAAUAGACAUUUGGAUGAAUAAUGAUCCUAUUUUCAUAAAAAAUGUUUCAGCAAUGAAAGGUUCAGGUGGAGUAUUUUACAUAUAGCGUGCAAGAGCAAUACAAAUAAAAAACUCACAAUUUAUUGAUUAUAAAUCUCGCAAUGAUGGAUCAUUCAUGUACUCUUAAUCAGAGAACUUGGAAUUAUUAAUAAAAAAUAAUACAUUCUAAUGCAAUUCAACCAAUAAUCCAAGAUUUAAGUCGUAAGAAGUAUCAGAAAAUUACGGAGGUUCAUUUCUUAUAAAAAAUGCUGAAAAUAUUGUCAUAUCAGUAGGUAAUACAUUUUCAUAAUGCUAUGAUUGUGAUAGAGGAGGAGCUUUUGGACUUGUUUAUUCUUAGUUAGUUGAUUAUAAGAGCUAUUUCAAUAGCUUAAGCGCAGUUCUAGGUGGUGCUAUAUAUUGCUCUUACUGUAAAUUAACAUUAAAUUCUUCCUACUUUGAGAACAAUUAUGCACAUGAUGGAGGUUAGAUUGCUAUUUUUGAAAGAAUUUAAGGUUUUAAAUCUAAUAAUGUAACUUUUAAACUCUCUAAAGCAUAUUUAAAUGGUGGAGUUUUUUAUUUUAAAGCCUCAGAAAAAUUUUCUAAUUAAAUAGAUGUAGCUAUAGAAAACAUUACUGCCAUCGAUACAGAUGCUUAGAAAGGGGGAGUCUUUAGUAUAAAUGAUAAUUCGAUGAAUUUGUUUAUUAGCAACAUUUAUGUAAAUUACACAUUAGCAGGAACUGGAGGAAUAUUUUUGAUUGAGAGCAUCAAAUCCCUUACAAUAUAAAAACCUGCUAUUUUCUAUGGUAAUUAAGCCUCCGCAAGUUGUAAUUUCAUGAAUGCAUAUGGUGAAUCAGCUAGCUAUUACUUAUAUGAUCUUCAAAUAAUAAGUCAAGAAUUAUACAUUGACACAGAUUUUAUUGAUAGUGAGUAUCAGCCAUAAUAGAAUAGAUCUGAUAUCAAGCUAUUUCCUAAUACUUUUAGUUUUAAGUCUAGUUAAAAUGUUGUGAUUGAAAGAGCUAAUAUUUUCAACAACUUCAUUGGAGGGUAUGGAGGAGUAUAUUAUCUUGAAGAUGUAGAAAAUUUUACGGAUCUUGAUUCAGUAUAUGCUAAUAUGUCUGCAGUUUUUGGUGGAUUUAUGGCAGCUAAAAAUUCAAGUAUUAGAUUGGAAAAUAUUUUCGUAGAUUAAUCAUUAGCUAGGACUGGAGGAGUUUUCCACCUUGAAAAUUAUUUGCCAUUAACAAUAGAUAAUUGUACUUUUACAAAUAUCAAAAGUCUUGGACACUGGAAUACUUUCACUACUUGA